ACAUAUUAUCGAUUCUUUUCGACCAGAUAUUCGAUCAAAUAGUUUUAAAAGACCACAAUCGGAAAUGAAUAUUGCUAGUGGUAUACCUAAAUUCUUUCCAUUGAUGAUGAUUCAACAAGAAAAUAAUCCAUAUGUAAGAGAUGAUACAAUGUUUAUUAGAGUAAUGGUUGAUUUUGGUGACAUGCCAAAAGCAUUGUUACCAUAUGCAUUAAGUCUCAAUCCUGGAUUACCAACAAAUGUUCAACAAUACAUAAUCAAACAAGAAAUCGAAAGAAGGGCUCAACCGCAAGUUUCGGAGCAACACGUAAUAAGAAAUCAAUAA